AUAAAAACAAAUCGUUAAUUUUUUUAAUUAUUAUUAUUAUUUUUAGUAAUCGCUUGCUGUAAGCUGUGAACUUGAAAAAACGAUUUCAUUUUCACACAUCUCGUUUCUAGGCUGUUUUUAGAUACAGAUUCCAGAUUUUCGGAUCCUGAUUCCUGUUUCAGAUAUAGAUUUGUUUUAUUUUUCUUUUGUAUUAUUUUAGAUUUAUUUGUUUAUUUAUUCCUUUUUCUGUACGGAUAUUAGUGCAACCUAGAACUACCUAGUGGAUCAAGGAUUUUAGUUUUUUUACUUUUUUUUCAGCUGUUUGUUGAUUCAUUUGAAUGUAUGAAUCACUUGAAACUGUUUUUGGUUCCUGACAAAAAAUGGAGGAAAAAGAAAGAACGUUGAGCUUAUAAUUUAUGGUUCCUGUGUUAUGAACUAUCUUGUUUGCUUUACCUGGCUAGUCUAAACUGAGGAGGAGUGUAGAAUUGAUUGGAUUUUUCUAUCUUAAGAAUGAGUCGAGGUGUGCUGUAAAAUGUGUGGUAUUCCAUUUUACUCUAUAUUCACGGUUGCAGAAACAGGAAUAUAUGGUGAUUGUUUGGCGUAUCUGCUAAAUUCCAGUUAAAGACAGCAACCAUGAGUGACAAGGGAGACAAAGUUUGCCCAUUGUGCACUGAGGAGAUGGAUUUGACAGAUCAACAGUUGAAGCCAUGCAAAUGUGGUUAUGAGAUAUGUGUUUGGUGCUGGAAUCACAUCAUGGAAAUGGCUGAAAAGGAUAAUACUGAGGGGCGAUGUCCUGCAUGCCGCACAGCUUAUGACAAAGAAAGGAUUGUGGGGAUGGCUGCAGAUUGUGAAAAACUGGUGGCUGAAAUAAAUUCAGAGCGAAAGCUGAAAUCACAGAAGGCAAAGCCUAAUAAACCAUCAGAAGGGAGGAUGCAGCUCAGUAACGUUAGAGUUAUUCAGAGGAAUCUAGUCUAUAUAAUUGGGUUACCACUAAAUCUUGCUGAUGAAGCUCUUCUUCAGCGAAGAGAGUACUUUGGCCAAUAUGGAAAGGUGUUGAAGGUGUCUAUUUCUAGAACAGCUAAUGGGAUUAUUCAACAUUCUUCAAACAACAGUUGUUGUGUGUAUAUAACAUAUUCAAAAGAGGAGGAAGCUGUUCGUUGUAUUCAGUCAGUGCACAGUUUUGCCUUAGAAGGUAGAAUCUUAAGGGCAUGUUUCGGAACCACUAAGUACUGCCAUGCAUGGCUCAAAAACAUGCCUUGCAGCAUUCCAGAUUGUUUAUAUUUGCAUGAAUUUGGUGCUCAAGAAGAUAGUUUUACGAAAGAUGAUUUAGUUUCUGCUUUUACAAGGAGUAGAGUUCAACAAAUUAUUGGUGCUACAAACAAUUUGCAUCGGCGUUCAGGAAAUGUUUUACCACCUCCAGUAGACGAGUAUACUGAUACAAACUUAUCAUCACCAACCAAACUUGAUUCCAAAAGUUCUUUAUUUCAGAAUGUUGAAAACUCCGAUGGCGGAUCUUGUGCUGAUGGUGGUGCUGAAAGAUCAAACACAUUUCCUGGGGCAGCUUCAUGGGUCAUGCGUGUCUCUUCUAGUGUACCACCAGCUACAUGUUUGUCCAUUUCCGCUGGAACUCUCAGUCAUAAGGCUGAAACCUCAAGUGGUCCCCAAGUUUUUAUUUCUGAAGUUGUGAGCACCAAAAGAUCCAGUGAUAUAGAAAGUACCAUGAUACCUGAAGGAGGUUGUGAAGUUGAUCCUCUCGUAACAUGUAGCAAUAUUUCUACACCACCUGCUGGCACAAGCUCUUUAGUACUUGCCAAACCAUCCAGUCCGGGUCUUCAUGAAAAUGAAAAUUUUCUUGCAGAUGAAGACAACGAGGGACUGUGCUCUGCAUUAUCGUCAGUUAGCAUUGCCAGCUGUCUUAAGGAUGAGAACUCUGAUCCUGUAGUUCCAGGAAGUUUAAGGUCUAAUCAUAACCUGCCCAUAAGUGGAGGCUCACAACAGGACGUGAACCCUCAUAUUGAGUCUUCAGCAUUGCAAGCACUAAGGGAAAGCUCAAUAGUUGAGGAUCUAUUAGGUUUUGAUGAUCUGCAGCUCAAAGCUUCUGGAGACGACCAUAAUCUGCCAUCCUUGUCUUGUCAACUUUCUUCAAAACAGAAUUUCACACAGUCAGGUUAUCAUUCCUGGAAACGGGGCCAGAUUAAUAAUCAAAGUACUGUUGGUGGACAUCCAAGCACCGUACCAGUGAAAUGUGAUGCUUCUGCUUUUCCACAGAGACCCGACAAACCAGUACAAUCUAAUGGAUUCUUUGACAACCAGCCUAAUAGCUGCUUGAACUCAGAUGUGACUACUAACAAUUCUAACGUCUUGUCAAGGAUGGGAUUAGGGAAGUACUUGGAAGGAUGCGAUAUUACUAAAGCUAGUGCUAAUAGUAAUUUUGCUGUGGAUAUUGGGGAAAGCAGCAUUAUCUCAAGUAUUCUAUCUAUGGAUAUGGAUGUGUGGGAGGAUACACUGACAUCACCUCAGACUUUAGUUAGGUUGCUAGGUGAAACUGAUGGACAACAUGGUUCGCUAAAAGUACCAAGUUUAAGAAAAGUACAAGAUAGCAAUCAGUCAAGAUUCUCUUUUGCCAGGCAGGAUGAUUUCUAUAACCAAGAAUCUAAUUUGGGGCAUACUCAUGCAAAUGCAAUCAAUAGAUCUCCUGCUUCACAUUAUUGUAACGAGAACAAGGAUCUUUACAUGGACAGCUAUCGUGAUAUUUCUUCAAAUGGCAGUUCUGUGGAAUCCAAUAGUUUUAUUAGCAGCCAUCCUUUUUCAGCUUCUAAAUUUUCUGCUAUUAAAGCUCCAAUUUCACCACCAGGAUUUUCACUUCCAAGCAGAGCAGUACCGCCAGGGUUUCCUACUCAUGGGGCAAUGAACUAUGAUGCAAACCAUUUGCUACAAAACUCUGCACCAUCAUCUAGGAAUGUUGGCAGCUCCAUUGAUGUUGAAUUCGUUGAUCCUGCAAUAAUGGAAGUUGGUAGUGGGAUUCUGGCAGCAAGGCUGAGUAAUCCAAGCUUUGACAUGAGGCCAGCUUUAUCACCGCGGAUCAGUCCCUUUAAUCAUGAUACAGAGCUUCAGAUGCUGAUGCAGCAAUCAAUUUCUGUUAAGCAGAACCCUAGGUUCCCAGAUCACUUCAGAAAUAGAUUCUCUCCCCCAAAUGAUGCUUACAGUAUUUCAUCAAUGCUUCUGGGACAAUCCCCACCCAACAAUUCAUCACCAUUCUCACAAAUGGCAACUCAACAAGUCAGAAAUUUGAACAUGUCACAUGGCUGCUGGGGCAGCUGGGAUGAAAUCAAGAGUGUCAGUAAUCUUGGUAUGUCAGAAUUACUCAUGAAUGGGAAGCUGGGAUUUAACAAAAUAAUUCCUAGCCCUGAGGAUUUGAAAUAUCAAAUGUCUGGUUCUAGCAAUCUAUACAACAGAGGAUUUGCAUUGUAAUUUCUGUUGAAAUAGGAAUUCUUCCUUGAUGCUCGAAUAGGCCAAUGAAAUUGGUUGGACAACUUGGUGGGUGUAAGUUGGCCCUUUAGAAUGAGGUCGGGUAUCUUGAUUUUUGUGCGCUGCCCAACAUCUGGUAAACUAUGUUCUUUGCCUCUUGAAUGUCCAGGAAGUUCUAUACUGAUUUGGGAGUGAUAAAUGAAGGUCAUUAUGCCUGCAGAGAUGGUGGAUGGUCCAAAGACUAUUUGCCUAGAGUGGUAGAGGCUGUCAUAGCAUUGACUUGGCUGUUGCUCUCGCCCUUUCAGCGGUAACAUGAAAUUGCAGUGGAUAUCUGGCCGUUGUCAAAUGAUGCAUUGACUUCUCUCUUACCUGCCCCUACUGAAUGGAGAACAUAAAUAUAUAUAUACCUAACCAUGUAGAGCUAGGUCUCAAAUUCUUUUGUAGGUUGAGUUAUUGUAUUGGAAGCUCUUGCUGUCUGCAUAAGUCUUGGUAAGUGAUUUUCUUUUUGAGCCCGGUCAGUCGAAGAAUGACAGACAAAUCAUUUAUAUGUAGUGUAUAUGCACUUAAAAUGGUUGAUGUCACUGUGGAAAUUUGCUUUUCACGUGGAUGUGUGAUUUGAAAUUCUCUCAUACUUCAAUAUGUGUAGUCUAUUUAUUUAUCUUGAGAACAAUUUGAAUUUAAAUUAGGUCAGAAUUGUUUUUUAUGUGUGUUA